AUGGACGAGACUCUUGUGGAUAAGAUUCGAGAGAACAAGGAUAGCGAAGCGCCUCAGAGCCUACGAUCUUGCCUUGUCCCACCGGGUUCUCGCACUCAGACUUGGACAGACAUGGAACUGAAGUCAUGGUUCUAUUAUCUGAUCACUCAUUCUGUCUUCAACUUCUGUCUACUGAUCGAUGGUCUUGACGAGGUUCCAAACAAUCGCGACAACUUGCUCGACACCAUUCGACUCAUUGCUGACGGCUUUAACAAGGUCAAAAUCUGCUGUUCGAGUCGGAGGGAAAGCCCCUUUGAGCAGAUACUCCAACAUAACCCAUCCCUGCGGUUGGAAGACCUUAAUUAUGAGGAUAUCAAAAAGUAUUGCUAUCGGCGACUCCAUACAACCAGAGCUAGACGAUACGUGAACACCAUUACCAGUCGGGCAGAUGGCAUUUUCUUGUGGGCUUAUAUAGUGACCGAAGAACUCAGGAAUGCUGCCAAUAAUGGAGAUGACGAAGGCGUUCUCAAGCGACGCCUAGACGAGUGUCCAGGCGAAAUGCACAAGCUAUUCACGUUCUUGGUCGAGCGGCAAGACAAGUUCUAUGCAAAGGAUCCGAAACCAUAUCUCCGUCUAAUCGAAGUUGCGACCAGGAGAGGGGACAACAAUAAUCACGGUGCCGACGCGGUUCUCACCUUUUUCGAAUUGCUUGUGGCGUCAUCAGCACAGGAAGAAUUUAUUUCACGCUUUCCGAAAAGCCUGGAUGCUUCCCUUUUGGCAUCUCUGGACUCGGAAGCGGCCGCUCUGAAAACGAAUGUUGUGGCGAGAUGUGCAAAUCUGGUUGAAUUGGUUCCAAACCGGUCAGAUCUCCAAUCUUAUCCAGAAGAAUUUGCUUAUAAGGAAUUGGUUAAUGCGGACCGCUUGGAAGUACGGUUCAUACAUCGAAGUGUACAAGACUUUUUGAUGGACAGCGAAGAAGGGGCUGCUUUGCUUCGGUCCUACAACAUGACCGAACAGAACGCGGUCAUACGACUAACGAUUGCCUCGGUUACCAGAUUCCUGGCCACCCCUUACGCGUCAAGAGUGGGAAAAUCUUUGAAAUUGGGGAGCUUGAUAGAGGCGGGAUUCUGGGCGGAGAACGGGACGGGUGCUCUGGACAUUAUUUUCCCGACACUGCAAGCCCACCCCCCCUUUGACGUAUUGUGUCCCCAACUUUCACCGCUUGAGAAUGUCGUCUUUGGGUUUGCUACCAGUUUCGCCAUGGUGGCUUACACUCAGGCCAAGCUCCGUGCUCUUGAUUUACAAAAACGGCCGUUGGUGGUAGGGUUCUCCUCCUGUCUAUACCUGAGAGCGUAUGGGCUCGGACGUGAGAGUAGUGGCUUCCUAGCCAUGCUCGAGCCAUACCUGUCACUGACGUCGUUGACGCAAAACCUCACCCUCAGGUACAUUUUGGAGCCCUUUACCGAUAUAGACUUCUGGUUUUCCGCCACUUGUCCUGUGUGGCAACACCUCGCCCUGGCUUUCACCAAUCGAGAUUUUGAAGGACUGGCGAUGCCUGAGCAAGAUUUACUCGGCCUCAUCCUGGGUUCCGCCAGCGGCGUCAGACAGGAGACUCUUCGGGUCGAGGGUUGCAUUAUUCACGGUCACGGCUUUGAGAGCAUUCUGCAAAUUCUCCCAAUGCCGGAUGAAGCAGCCGACUCGUUCACAGAAAUGAUCGGAGGGGGAGAUGUCUUGCGAAUUCACUUGAGCAUACGUGCAAGCACACAAGGGACAGCUUACUCGGUAUAUUUUGCCCAAUACGCGCCAGGGGGACUUGGUCGAUUCCUCGAGCUCGGACAGACCCACAUCGACUCUCUGCAGCAAAUAUUCGUCGGGGCGGAGUCGCUUCAAGACGCCUUCCAAGCUUCUGAAGAAUGCCUGGUAGCUAUCAUCAAACACCAUUGGGAUAGCUUAUCCCCCAAGGAGAUCGCUAAUAUAGUGUGGUACCAUGAUGAAGAUCCAUCCUUCAUCUUCUCCAAAGGCGAGCUUCAGGUAGUAAAAUAUCAAUCCGAAAGACAGGCUUGGGAGGAAGGAUUGUAUGAAGGAGAGAUGCAUCGGUAUCCCGUGGAUGAUCCUGUAGUAAGCGAGAUCAUCGAGAAGAUGAAACUUGUCGGGACAUGGAAAAACAUUGAAGAGAGAGUGGCAAAGCGACUGGCGACAACGCUUCCGGAGAGUGAUGAUUUGUCCUCUGAGCAAGAGUAA